AUGGACCCCCAAGAGGUUGACGGCUGGAUCGCGCAGCUUGGGCAAUGCAAGCAACUCAGUGAACCCGAUGUGAAGCGUCUCUGUGAAAAGACACGAGAAAUAUUAAUGGAGGAGAGUAAUGUGCAGCCAGUGCGGUGUCCAGUCACAGUGUGUGGUGAUAUCCACGGCCAAUUCCACGACCUUUCAGAGCUUUUCCGGAUUGGUGGCAACUCUCCCGACACCAACUACUUAUUCAUGGGGGACUAUGUUGACCGAGGGUACUAUUCGGUAGAGACAGUAACUCUUCUUGUGACCCUCAAGCUACGAUACCGUGAUCGCGUGACUAUUCUACGAGGAAACCACGAGUCCCGUCAGAUUACACAGGUGUAUGGUUUCUAUGACGAGUGCUUGCGCAAGUACGGCAAUGCCAACGUCUGGAAAUACUUCACCGACCUAUUCGAUUUCUUGCCCCUCACCGCCCUUAUUGAUAACCAAAUUUUCUGUCUUCACGGCGGCCUUUCGCCUUCCAUUGAUACCCUUGACCACGUGCGAGGAAUCGAUCGCGUACAAGAGGUGCCACAUGAGGGGCCCAUGUGUGAUCUCCUUUGGUCUGAUCCCGAUGACCGCUGUGGUUGGGGUAUAUCUCCCCGUGGAGCUGGAUAUACUUUCGGUCAAGAUAUCAGUGAGGCUUUCAACCACAACAAUGGCUUGACCUUGGUGGCAAGGGCCCACCAACUUGUCAUGGAGGGCUACAACUGGAGUCAGGACCGAAAUGUAGUUACCAUCUUCAGUGCGCCUAACUAUUGCUAUCGCUGCGGAAAUCAAGCGGCAAUCAUGGAAAUCGACGAGAAAUUAUCGUACACAUUCCUUCAAUUCGACCCUGCACCUCGUGCCGGAGAACCUUUGGUGUCGAGACGAGUUCCAGACUAUUUCCUGGGAUGGGGCCUAUAUCAUAUGGUGAUGCAUGUGGUCAGUGAAAAGGAUGUAUGGAAAGUCAAGGUCAAUGUGGGAAUUGGGGAUAUUACUCAACGAAAGGAUAAAACCCCCACCUCGAGCACUGUGUCCCUCAUAUCACACCCACAAAAACCUGAUUUCUCAGCCGCGCUCGAGCAGCUUUUAUCCAAGUACGGAUUCACAGGUGCUCCUACACGGGCACAAGUUAUCGACGUCCCUUCAGAUCUACCAACUAAACGUAAAACAAGGCGCUGGUCCACUUUCUUCUCGCGUCAUAAACCAUCUGCUAGUGGUAGUGAACACUAUUUGAACUCGACUUCGAACCCUGGCCAAGAGCCAACAACAACCGCGGACGUCGGAGGGCUGAUGGGCAGGUAUGGUGCUUCCGUACAUGUUUCAAACACCCUUUGA